CAGGCGCGGCGACUGAGGCCGAGCGGAGAGCGGGCGAGGCGGACACCGCUACACGCUGGCGAGCGAUAGGCCGGCGGAGGCACAGGCACCCGAACCACACAUUAAGUAUGGAAGCCAUCGCCAAGUACGAUUUUAAGGCCACGGCCGACGAUGAGCUGAGUUUUAAGCGCGAAGACAUCCUGAAGGUUUUAAAUGAAGAAUGUGAUCAGAACUGGUACAAGGCUGAGCUGAAUGGAAAAGACGGCUUCAUCCCAAAGAAUUACAUUGAAAUGAAACCACACCCGUGGUUUUUUGGGAAAAUCUCUAGAGCAAAGGCAGAGGAACUGCUCAGCAAACAGAGGCACGAUGGAGCCUUUCUCAUACGAGAAAGCGAAAGUGCGCCCGGCGACUUCUCACUCUCAGUCAAGUUUGGAAAUGACGUACAGCAUUUUAAAGUAUUGCGUGAUGGAGCAGGGAAGUACUUCUUGUGGGUAGUGAAGUUUAAUUCGCUGAAUGAACUGGUGGAUUAUCACAGAUCAACAUCUGUGUCUCGGAACCAACAGAUCUUCCUGCGUGAUAUCGAGCAGGUCCCUCAGCAACCCACAUACGUGCAGGCACUCUUCGACUUUGACCCGCAGGAGGAAGGUGAGCUCGGCUUCCGCCGUGGUGACUUUAUCCAGGUUCUAGACAACUCAGACCCCAACUGGUGGAAGGGCAGUUGCCACGGGCAGUCAGGCAUGUUCCCUCGCAACUAUGUCACUCCAGUCAACAGAAACAUUUGAUGGACAGCAGUGCUGAAACCUGAAGGCAAUCACGGCUCCCCCGUGAACUUAACAGUCUGUAUGGAACUUCAAACUAGAGCGCCAAAACCAAUUCUGAGGUGGAACAGAAAAGCUGAGCGAUUUUACCAAUAGGUUUCCACAGCUGCUUCCCCCUCUUCUCUAACCCAUCCUUCCCCUCUUCUCUUCCCUCCCCUUGUAAAUCUGUGCAUGGAUUAUAAUUCCAUUACUCUAAUCCUGUUGUAGAAUUUAAAUGUUUUUUCUCUAUGCAAAUAUUGGAUAAUCUUAUCAGCAAUGUAACACAGGCCAGAGGUCAGUAAAAGUCCUUGCAUUUGGGGCUUUUCAAAAGAAAACUAAUCAUUCUUGGCCUUGUUCAUUUCCAUUUGGAAUUCCUGCUUUUUUUUCUUUGUACAAGUUGCUAAUUUAGCUUGUCCUUGGAAAUAAGCCUAAUGUUUCCUUUAGCAACUAGCAGCUAUAGGAAUCAAGUACAAAUUGUCAAGAUGAUUUGUAAUUUUAGAGAAUAACUUGGCGGCUUUUAUCAACAGCAUGUUCUAGGAGUUUAUACAGGAGGUUGGGCUGCUAAUGGUUUUAAAGGUGUUUGGCUGAGCACUUUCUGAAUUCUGUCUUCAUAGUGCCUUUUGAUUUUUUUCCCUGUCCUGAUUUUUCUUAUCUUUUGCUCUAAUUCACUUUAAUAACUGAGAGCUUCAAGUCAGUUGAUGGGCAAAUAUUGGGCAUUUCACACUGAUGUGCCAUUGGCUAUCUGGCCUGUGACUGGGGUGGGGAUGUUGACUGAGACCAGGUAUGGGGAAUCCAGCAGUUUGAUAUUUGAACACUGUUCUAAAAUGUUCCCAAAUGACCUUUGUCACCAUUUUCCUCUCCACUGCAAACUGCAACUGCAGUUGAGCAGCAGGUUAAGUAUUUUUCAUUUGUAAAGCUAUGUUUGUCAUGCCAAGUUUAAAAGUAUACUAGCAUCGCUAAGGUUUGUAUAACAGGUGUACUUUGAAUAUGAUGCGUGAGUCAACAAAGGGAUUAAUUCUUCAGGCUCUUUCAGUGAAUCCCUGCUAGCUGCUCUCUCUGCCCACUGCAGAGUAGAGCUAACUACAUGACCCUGCUUUUCUCUCCACAGCCAGUUUGCACCAUUCAGCCCAGCUCAUCCGCUCCAGCCAGACUAAUUAUAAACACACCAAUGGUUCUGCUGUGUCACUGGGGGAGCUGCAGAGUUUCACCUGCCCAUCUGGAUAAUGGGAGUUUGAUUUUUUUUUGAGCUGAACACAUCUGAUGACAUAACUGAGAAAUUCUAGUUCUUAAUGAACUUUGGUUUUUAAAGCUGUCUUGCAUUUUAUUAAAUUCUUUGCUUCUAUCACAAUCAAGCACUGUAAUAAUUUAUUUCUUAGGCCAUUUUGCUUUUUAAGUGAGACUGAUCAUGAAAAUUAGUUGCAAUUGAACCGAUGUUCAAGGUUACUGCUGUUCAGGCCUACUGCCUUCGAUCCAUGGAAAUGAUAGCUAUCACUGCUCCUUGCAUGGGUGAUCCCAGCCCAGUUACACUUUGCCAAAUCUGUCAUGAUCAAUAAGCCUGCUAUUUGGAAUUGUGGUGUCUCCUUGGCCACCUCCACAUUUUAUGUGCUAUUCAGGUGAUGUGACACUCAGGCCACCAAUGUGACAGUGGUGUUUGUAUGCCAGGUGUAGCCACCCAGUGGCCUGAAUCUGGCAGCUGCAAAAUUCCUGGUGGUACAGGGGCAUCUUGCUAUGGAAGAAGUUGAUGGGCAGGCUAAAUGAAUACAUGUCCUAAUACCUGUUGUAUGUUUCUUGCCUUUGUUAGCAAUGGAGAUUAAGAAACUUCAUGCAGAGAAAUUGAGGAUGUUGGUAGGUCAUUGUCAGAAUUCACCAGUCCAAGGAAAGAGGAACAUUUCCCAGAGUUGUCACUGGAAAGUUCUGGAGCCAGUAUGUGGGCAUUCACUACAAAUAUGGAGUAAGGUUAAAGUUAGUGUGUAUAAGUUGAACGAUGGAAAGGUGACCCUAUCUGGUUCCUGUUGCUAAAAUGGUGCAAACAGUCUCUGCAUGGCACAGAUAGUACCUCAAUGUUAAAGGAUGCCUCAGGGCAUCAAAUGAAAAGGCAGAGAUAGAAAUCAUUUGAUGAGAAUCUUUUGCUGAUCCAUCAACUGUUGAAGGACAGAUUAGUACAGAAACUCUGGAUUCAUUCAAAUGUUAGAAUUCACCAAAUGCAGCCUGGGGAUUGGUGUGGAUAGGGGCAUUAUGACAAUUCUGCAGACAAGAAGUCUGAGGACACUUCAAGCAGGUUCCAGAGCAGACAGGUAUUAAAGUUCACAGUCUAUUCCCUGGUAUCAUCUGCCCUAAUCUCUGUGGUGCUGGCAGUUCCUCCUCCACUAUCCCCAUUUUCUCUUUGCCAUGCCUGUGAUACAACACAUUGACAUUAAAUAUAUAUAAUUAAUUGUAAACAGCUGCUUGUCUGUUAAUUGAUGUUUGGUUUUGGUUUUUGUUUUGCUGAUUUGACCAGUUAGAGCUACCACCUAUGCAUUAAGUACCAUGACAAGAACGCAUCUGGUUCAGCACCUGUGCAAUCUAAUUUCCUGCUGACACUUUUAAGGACUGUCAAUAGAUCACUUGAUUUAAAGGAGACAAUAAUACUUCUUACUGAAGGCUAGUGAAGCCAAAUGGUGGGUAAUCACAUAUGUCUGGGGUUGACAUUGCUUAAACAUUUACAGCCUCAGAAACCACACACAAACUCAUCAGUAUUGGCAAGUGGAACCCACCCAUUAAGCCCUGGUAAUUGCAUCAGAAUGCAUGUGUUAUGAGGCAUCGAAUCUGAGCAAGAUUGAAACUACACAGUCUGUACCAAGUCUAGAUAACGUUGAGGAAUGUGUAGAAGGGAGCUGAAUAACAAAAUGGUCAGGGAUCUAAUUGAAGUAUGAUGAUUCUGGUUAGCCUCUGGGGUCAGAUUACAGGCAGUACUGGGAACCAGGAGGUUUGACUGUGAUGCGGGGGUUGGUCUGAAAUUAAAUUUUGUUUCCUGGAGUUCAGUAGCAUAUUAAUUUAACUUGUGCUAAGAACUCAUGAGACUAAUGAGAUUGAGCUUUCCACUACACACUGUCACCCAAACUAUCAAACUGUGUCUGAGAGCUUUUGACAAAUGGACCAGUUGAUUGUUUACUGUUUUUGAAUUGGUGUAUUAUCAUAAGCCUUGCAGACAUUUCAUGUAUAUAUUAAACAAAUCAAUGUUAAAAUGGAAAGGCCUGUGUACUUAUCCCUUGAUUCUCAAUGCAUUUGGUAGCUAGAAAUUAACUGUGAAUAAUAAAAUGCUGUGUAUUCUUCAUGAAGUGGUCUGGCUUU